GCGAGGUCAGGAGGCACGGGCAGGUCACCGACCUUCCCUUCUCCUGGCGAGCAGAGGAGAUCCUGCCUUGGGGCCUGCUGGAGAGAGCCUGAAGAGCACGGGAGAGCGGCUGCCGCUGGAUUCUGGGGUGGAAGGUGAGGAAGAGCAGCAUCUCUGAGCAGCACCUGAGGCUUCCCUGCACCAGCCACUGCCAUCCCCCGUGGCCGAGCCCUUUGCUGCAAGCAUGGACAUCGUGGAGAGGGUGUUCUCUGUGGCCCAGGCCAUCCAUGCCCAGUUCGAGCAGGUGAAGUGCUGCAAGCACCAGUGCCAGCGCCUCGUGGAGCGCAUCCAGAUCCUGCUGGAGCCCGUGAGGAUCCUCAGGGCUCAGCCACGACAGCACAUCUCCCACCACGAAGAGGAACUGAUGAAAAAGCUGCUCCAGGCACUGGAGGAAGCCCAGAAACUGGUGAUGAAAUACAGCCAGACCAGCUGGAUCCAGAAGUUCCUGCGAGCCCGAAGCACUGGCGAGGAGUUUGUCUGGGUGAACGAAAGCCUGGAGGACAUUGCCCAGGGGCUCUCCCUCCUGCUGCAGGCAGAGCAGAAACAGGCUUUCCUGGAAGCCUUCCAGUCAAAGACGUGUCGCAGGCAGGAUGCUGAGGACCUGAGGGAUGACAGAGCUUUCUUGGACCAGGUGAUUGCAAGUACUGAGGAGCCCAAAGAUGCUCUUGAGGAGAUCUACAUCGACAGGGAGUGUAUGGAGAGCAAAAUGGACUGGAUGAAAAGCGAGCUGAACAAAGUCAUUCGUGAGAUGGAGCGCUUGAAGAAGGUGAACGUUGGCAAAAGAGAAGAUAUCACUGAGAUCAAGCGGGACCAGCUCACCUUCCACAGGCACCUGCAGGACACAGAGAGCUACGACCUCUACGAGGGCGAGUACCUCAAGUACCCUGUUGCCAUCAAAACCUUCAAGAGGCCGCUGACCACUGACCCAGUCAAGGUGAGAGACAUCUUUGAGAAGGAGAUUCAGACCCUGAAGAAGUUUGAGUCUCCAAACAUCCUUCGCAUGUACGGGAUCUGCAUUGAGGAGAACGAUGGGAGCCCCUGCUUCUCCAUCGUCAUGGAGUACUGCAAGCACGGGACGCUGCGGGACGUGCUGAACAAGCAGCAGAACCUUUCCUGGGACAUCCGCAUUCGGAUGGCCCUGGGGGCUGCCAGAGGCCUUUACAGGUUGCACCAGACAGGGGAGAAGUCCCGACUCCACGGCUGCAUCUGCAGCAGCAAGUUCCUGGUGGCUGGGGAUUACUGUGUGAAGCUGUCAGGAUUUGAGCUGUGUGAAACAGAAUCAUCCAUCAAGAGGAAAGCCAAGAAGGACUGGAAACAAGUCUCUAUGCUGGCCUACAUCGCUCCAGAGAACCUAAAAGACAUCAACUACCCUUACAAGAGUCCCUGUGAAAUAUACAGCUUUGGGAUCGUUCUGGCAGAGAUUGCAACCUCCAAAAUCCCAUUUGAAGGCUGCACUCCUGGGGAGAUCGUGGAGAAAAUCUGCAAUCACCAGUACUGGGAUCCUCUUGGGGAAGAUUGUCCUGAAGAUCUGAGGAAAAUCAUUGAGCAGUGCCAGGCCUGUGACCCUUCCCAGCGCCCUUCUGCCGAGGAGAUUGUGGACUCGCUGGCCGACCUGGAGAAAAGCAGAAACCAAGGAAGUUAACUGUGGGAAAGGGGCUGGGUGACCAGGGCAGCAAGCCCAGGGUGC